AUGCAUCUCUCUACACUCUUUUUUGCCUCUACGGCAACCAUUCUACCGGUCCUUGCAGCACCAUCCAAGUCGGCCCGCAGUGUUUCAGCAGACGCUGUUCCUGGUGAAUCAUCUCUGUUUACCACCUACCAGGGUAAACAGACUCCCCUUGCGGCUGAGUGGCUCAAGGUCAUCCCAGCCACUGGCUCAGGCGAGCCUGCAGCCGACGACCUUCUUUUCCAGAACCUGUUGAGCGCUGAGUGGGCUAUUUACUCGUUCUACCAGCUCGCCGUGGAUACCUAUACUUCGGAAGAUUUCACCAAGCUCGGAUACCUCAAUACUACCUACGAGCGUAUCAAGCAGAUCCGCGACAAUGAAGCCGGUCACAUCCGUAUCUUCCAAGAUCAAAUCUCCGAAAACUCCCUGAAGCCUGGCCCUUGCACAUACUCCUACAGUUUCAACAAGACCACUCCUCUCAACUUCCUCGCUCUGCAGGUUUACCUCGAGGCCUCUAGCCAGGCUUUCCUGACUGGUCUUCAGCUUCAGGCUAAGACCAAUGCCUCCAGGGCUGCCCUGAUGGCAAUUGGCCAAACUGAGACUCGUCACAACGUCUGGGGUCUCAUCGAUAACUGGAACACCGAUCCAUUCUCUGGACCUGCUGAUACUACCUACCCAUACGCCAACCAGAUCCUUGAGCUUACCCGGUCUUUCAUCACCUCUUACCCUGCCGAGAACCCCGUUUACCCUAGCCCGCGCCAAGCUCUGCCGCAGAUGGUCAUCUGGGGUAAUGGAACUACUGCUACUCCUGGCUCAGUCAUCCAGCCGUUCUUCUAUCAGCCGGCUAAUCUGCCUACCUUUGAGUCUGGAAAGGAUUACUAUGCCGUCUUUUAUCACGGUGUUCAGUCUAUCAGUGUUCCGUAUGACCAUGUCAAGGGCAAGGUCACUAUUCCUAGUGUUUUCGACCAGGAUGGUGUGAUUAUCAUGAACAUUGCCGAUCAGGAGGGUGCUCCUACCGAGGACAGUGUUAUUGCUGGACCUGUUAUCAUUCUCGAGCAGCCAACUGUGCUGAUCAAGUCUGAGCCUGAUGUUUACACUCCCUAA